AUGUGGAAAUACUCAGUUAGGUUUUUGAUAUGCCUGGUUUUGGUGAUAAAAGAAGUGAGUUGUCAGGCAUCCCCAGACGGCUCCGUAAAGAAUAAAGAAGAAUUUGACACACUAUGCAGUUUUUUAAAUUUAACACUGGGAAUACGAGAGUUGGUUAAACAAAACGAGGAUGAAGUAGGCGACAAUGAAAACGAAUAUAACACUACCAUAAACACAAUAUUGUACGGAGAUGGAAGUGAUGGCUCCCUUAAUUGGAAUGGAAAAGAUCGACGCUAUAAUGACUGCGGUUACGUAGAUGCAGUGACGUCGAGUGAAGUUAUUUUUGCAGGUAAAGCGUUGGCAGUAGAUCUUCUGUGUUUGUGCAAGCCACAAAAUGGUAAAGGCGAAAUGGUCAAUCUGUGCUAUGAAAGCAACAUAUGGCAAAAUGGUGAAGAAAGCUGGAGCAACGGAACACAAGCAGAACAGCAUUGGAAAAGCGUUAUGGAAAAAUGUUCCACAGCAAUUUACGCUGCGAGACCUGAUGCCAAAACUUUGAAAACAAUGAAGGAGAAUCUUUCAACAAAACUAAAGGAAAGGGAAAGAGGAACGGGAAACAGCGAAACAAAGCGCUUUGGACACGGAAGUCCACCAAUCACUCAAUCCUGCGGAGCUUCAGAUAAUCUGAGGGACGCCCCUUGUGUUAUGUACAAACUGGGAGGUGAGGAAACGGGAAGGCUGAACGUCGAGUGGCUUACACGACUGGAAAAACUUAUCGAAAAACUGGCCAACCCUCAAAACGAGGCAAGAAAGAAUGAGGGGCCGCCAGUAUCGAAAGAAAAUAAUCCAGAAGGAGGGAAAACGCACCAACAACCUAGGGUUUCACAACCUGUUGUGCAACCCCCGGAGCAAAAUGUGGAAGAAAAAAAUAAACCACUCCCAGCUCAGCCACACCCACAACACCCUCAAACAGCAGCAGAGAGCGAGGCAUCCGUAACAUCAGGCAAAAACACAAAUACAAAUACGCAAACUACUACGGACACUGAUCCGUUUAGUUCAAGAGAAACAAACACUACAGAAUCGUCACGACAAUCACAAAAGCCACUUCGACCAAAAAAUGAAACUCAAGUUAUUUCACCUCUGUUGGUGAUUUUGUUGCUGUUGAUAUAA